AUGGUAGAAGAAACUGGGAGCUAUUUUGCUAGCUUGUCCCUUCGCUUGCGCUUUGCUUUGCUAGGACUUAACGGCAAUAUGAUCAUUCUUUUGUAUGAUCUCAUAUGGCUCUGUAUCUAUUUGACCGGUGUGGCCUCUCAAGAUCCUAUACUAGCUGCAUAUUUUACCAGUGGAGUGGCUAUAGCAUCUAUCUUGGCCCUCAAUGUGUCAUCAGUAAUUGGCGUUGUCAGUCGCAUUGCUCGCGGGACAGCUAUUACCAGGGAUCCACCUGCGGGGGCACGGUGGGGACGCCUUGCCUCAGUACUAAGUGAUAUGUAA